AUGGACGGCAAUAUUGCCCUCGAAAGCGGGAACCCGGCGGCGUUUUCGUCUGCCGCGGAUCCCUUCGAUCUGUCAAGCAGACUGCAAUCCCCACCAGAGGCUAACACCUCUCGCAAGAGAGCUCUGUAUUACAGCCCAUUCAACAAAUCACAAGCAAAAUCAAAGAGCUUGACCGACUACUACGACACUCAAAAUAAACAGAUUGUCCGUCUCCUCAAACCUGUCCACGAACAUGUCCGUGAAGCCGCCGAGACAGAAGAAUCCCAACAACUCCAAUAUCGGAUCGCCGUGUACUCCUCCUUCGUUUGCAACAUAUUUCUCUCUGGGCUCCAGGUAUAUGGUGCCGUGGCUUCGGGCUCUCUUUCUCUCUUCACAACCAUGGCGGACUCGAUUUUCGAUCCGCUCUCCAACGUGACCCUCAUCAUCUGCAAUCGCCAAGCCAAAAAAGCCGUUAGUCACAAGUUUCCGGUGGGAACAUCACGCAUUGAAACAGCGGGGAACAUCUUCUUCUCUUUCAUCAUGAUGGCGGUAUCCCUGAUCCUUGUAGCAUUUUCCUGCCAGGAACUUGCCGAAGGCGGAUCAACAGCCUUCCAUCUCCCUUCCGUGAUCGCAGUAUCCGUGGCAUUCGUCGUAAAGUUAUGCCUCUUCAUCUACUGUUUCGCCCUACGAAAUAAGUAUUCGCAAGUCCGAAUUCUCUGGGAAGACCACCGAAACGAUCUCUUCAUCAAUGGCUUCGGUAUUCUCACCUCAGUCGGUGGAUCGAAGCUCAAAUGGUGGAUUGACCCAAUGGGUGCAAUCAUCCUUUCACUUCUAAUCUUGGGCCUAUGGCUUAAUACUUCGAUUGGAGAGUUCAAGCUGCUCAUUGGCGUUUCGGCCGAUGCCGAUACGUUGAAUCUUAUCACCUAUAUUGCUAUGACACAUAGCGAUCAUGUUCAAGCGAUCGACACCGUCCGUGCAUAUCAUUGUGGUCCACGACUUAUAAUUGAGGUAGAUGUUGUCAUGCGUCCCCAUGAGACACUGAAAACAUGCCAUGAUAUUGCAGAGGAUCUUCAGACAAAGCUGGAAAGCUUGCCUGAUGUUGAGCGCGCUUUUGUCCACAUUGACUAUGAAACAACGCAUCAACCUGAGCAUUCAAAGAAGGAUAUUUAA